GUUCUGGACGAUUCUAGGGUUUAACUACGGCAAAAAGAAACAGUCUCGAAGUCGAAGGGCUGUUCUCGUUUUGCCGCUCUUACUUCAAUCUCUUGCGGGUUUUGCUCUACUUCGUCACUCGAAUCAGAUCUCCUCUUCGAACCCCUCCAAUGGCGGUUGAACGGCUGCUCAAGGAUGAAGCCACCGAAGAGAAAGGAGACCGUGCAAGAAUGGCAUCAUUUAUUGGUGCAAUGGCGAUAGCUGAUUUGGUGAAGACCACCUUAGGUCCGAAAGGAAUGGACAAGAUCUUGCAAUCAACUGGAAGGGGACACAAUGUUACUGUCACUAAUGAUGGUGCCACCAUCCUGAAGUCUCUCCACAUUGAUAACCCUGCUGCCAAGGUCCUUGUGGAUAUUUCUAAAGUUCAAGAUGAUGAAGUUGGUGAUGGGACAACAUCUGUUGUUGUUUUGGCUGGAGAGCUUCUUAGAGAAGCUGAGAAGCUAACCAUGGCAAAGAUUCAUCCAAUGACUAUAAUUGCAGGUUACAGGAUGGCUGCUGAAUGUGCUCGAAAUGCUCUAUUGCAAAAGGCCAUGGAUAACAAACAGGAUCCAGAGAAAUUUAAGUCAGAUCUGAUGAAAAUAGCUAUGACGACUCUUAGUUCAAAGAUACUCGCCCAAGACAAGGAAUAUUUUGCUCAAUUAGCAGUGGAUGCUGUCAUGAGGCUCAAGGGCAGUACAAAUUUGGAGGCUAUCCAAAUCAUUAAAAAGGCUGGAGGAUCCCUGAAAGAUUCAUUUUUGGAUGAAGGGUUUAUUCUUGACAAGAAGAUUGGCAUUGGCCAGCCGAAACGCAUUGAGAAUGCAAAGAUUUUAGUGGCAAAUACUGCAAUGGAUACUGAUAAAGUCAAGAUAUAUGGAGCUCGAGUUCGUGUUGAUUCAAUGGCAAGAGUAGCACAGAUUGAGCGGGCAGAGAAGGAGAAAAUGAAAGAAAAAGUUCAGAAGAUCAUAGGCCAUGGAAUCAACUGCUUUGUUAACCGACAAUUGAUAUACAACUACCCCGAGGAACUUUUUGCAGAUGCAGGAAUAUUGGCUAUUGAGCAUGCUGAUUUUGAUGGGAUUGAGCGGCUAGCUCUUGUGACGGGUGGUGAAAUUGCCUCUACUUUUGAUAAUCCAGAAUCUGUUAAGCUAGGCCACUGCAAGCUCAUUGAAGAAAUUAUGAUUGGGGAGGACAAGUUGAUUCAUUUUUCUGGGGUAGAAAUGGGUCAGGCGUGUACCAUUGUCUUGAGAGGUGCAAGCUCCCAUAUGCUGGAUGAAGCAGAGAGAUCUUUGCAUGAUGCAUUGUGUGUGCUAUCCCAGACAGUGAAUGACAGCAGGGUUCUACUUGGUGGUGGAUGGCCUGAGAUGGUAAUGGCAAAAGAGGUGGAUGAACUUGCACGGAGGACUCCUGGGAAAAGGUCCCAUGCCAUUGAAGCUUUCUCACGUGCACUUCAAUCUAUACCCACCAUCAUUGCUGAUAAUGCUGGUUUAGACAGUGCAGAACUGAUAUCUCAGCUUCGUGCAGAGCAUCACAAGGAAACAACCAAUUCUGGCAUUGAUGUGAUCUCUGGCGGGGUAGGGGAUAUGGAGAAGCUAGGAAUCUCAGAAUCUUUCAAGGUGAAGCAAGCAGUCUUGCUUUCUGCUACUGAAGCUGCUGAAAUGAUCUUGAGAGUAGAUGAGAUCAUAACAUGUGCUCCAAGGAAGAGGGAAGAUAGAAUGUGAGUGAUGGUGUGUGAUUUUAAAUUAAUAGACAUUCGACUGAGGAAGAGUUGUACUAUUUUAUCUAUGUUGCAUUGGAUUUUGCUAGUGUUUUUGUGCCUUAUCAUCUGAAAUGCUUUGAACUUUGUGAAAUCUUUAAUUGAAUUAUUAUGGAUGAGUUUCUGGCCAUUUAUUAGGCGAGGUCGUCUGUUGAUUUUGUACUACAUGAACAUUUUGUUGGAAAUUGAGAGUAAGUGGAAGAAA